AUGGGUCUCUGCAAAGACUAUGUGACAGAAAAGUUAUUUAAUGCCAUGCAAUACGAUAUAAUUCCGAUUGUAUUUGGUUCGGCUAACUAUACGGCAAUAUUGCCCCCAAACUCAUACAUAGAUGCCCUUCAAUUCCCAACUGUACCGACACUUGUCGAUCAUUUGAUGGAAGUGUCCAGCAAUGAGAUACUUUAUAAGUCAUAUUUUCAAUGGAAAAACAAUUUCUGUGUUAAUUCAAUACACUAUUUGUGUUCACUUUGUAAACAUCUCAAUGAGAAUGCAUUACAAACGGGAGUCAUUACAACAAAUAGGGAUAUUAUAAAGUGGUGGGUCAGGGAUGCCAAAUGCAAAACCAUUAAGUCGAAAACAAACAAUUGGUUUACAAACAAAUUAUAG